AAGGACAAUUUGAUUUUAUUGUACAGAACCAUCUCAAAAGUGGCCACCAUAAAGUGACUGUAUUUUUUGGUCAGAUUUUAUCAUCUAACAAAACAAAAUGUACAGCAGGAAAACACUUGAAAUGGUCAGGGAUGUUGUUUAUGACUCGUUGAUUAAGACCUCCGUGAAAUUUAAUCAUAAAAAAUGCUUUUAUUAAUUUUAGAUUCAUUUCAAUAUAGAUGGUGUAAUGUCCUACUUGACUUGAAUGCACCAUGGAGUUCAACGCGGCCGUAAGUCGAGGUGUAGAGGCGCAAAUGGUCGGGAAGCGACACAACACCAGCAGUUUGACGCCUGUCAGAGCCAGAGCGAGUACCAGAAGAGCUACGGAGUCUCUCGAUCCAGAAGCGUCUCACCUCGGCGCUGCCUACCGCUGGCUGGGAUCAGCAGAGAACCUGGACUCCAACGACUGAAGAGACCCAGUCCACUUGGUGCAAAUCAGUCCAGCAGCUCUCUGCUUGGCUCUCCAGAAGAUCCAGGUGCUCCCAGAAGAGCGCCCUCAGCUAGUAGGAAUGGUUCUAAGAGCUGCUCAGCACACAAGAAUCCACCUUCAACAGACUCUAGACCACCGAAGGUUUCUGGGUCUGCACAGGAACCUGAGUCUCUAGCAGGACCACAACCUGUUGCAGACCUUGAACCUCCACCAAGACCAGAACCGGGAUCCUCUUUGAGACCAGUUAUUGAUGAAAAAUCUGUGAAGCUCCACCCAUCUGAGCCUGAGCCCAGCAGACCUGUGACUGCAGUGCCUGAAGAUCAGCCAGACAACCAGGUCGACCAGGUGCUGCGGUGGAAGGCAGGGAUGAGAUCUGGAGGUCAGAGGUCAGGGGCUCACAGGUCAGAGUACCACAGACAGUUUGGCUGGAAGAAGCCUGUACUUGCAGCGUCCCCGUUACUGACUGCAGAGCAGGUGUUGUACUCCAGCAGCAGGUCGGUCCCGGCCUUUAAGAAGAACCCUGUUUCCAUGGAAACAGAGUAUCGCCGGAGCUUCCAAGGUCUGCUCCCACCCUCUGGACCGCGCCUUCUGGAACACCAGGGAGCCCCACUGUUCCACACGUACAGAAUCCAAAGAAGGAAGAGUCUGGAGCCACAGAAGAAGCUUCCUCCCAAACUGGAAACCACUCACCAUGAGAACAGCGGGUCACAGUCCCCCCCAAGGACCUUGCCCCCUGCUGCUCAGGUGCAGAAAAGACACAGGAUGUUGACAGAGUAUCAGUCCAGCUUUCGUUCUCCUCUCUGCAGGAACCCAGAAGGAGGAGAUACUGACGACAUUGCUGAGCAGGUGAAGGAGCUGAGGCAGCAGGCUCUGACAUACCAACAAAGAGCCUGGGGAACCAACUUCUCCAGGAACCAUCUAAGCCAGCUGCUGUCUGAAUACAACGCUCUGUGGGAGCCCACCGACACCAUGGACUCCCACACUGAGUCCUCCACCCCACGCCUGAACGUUAUCAUUUCACCUGAGCUGGACAGCCGCAGUGCUUCCUGUGUAGAAGCCCUGGAUCUGGCCAGUAUCUCCAGUAAAAGGUCCUCAGUUGGUUCUGGAGGAACACGGCACGAGUACAAAAAGACCCAGAGGAGCACAAGAACAGAAACACCUCCUGGUCCUGGAGCUGAACGCCAAGCAGCCUGUGGAGGAGAAGAUGAUGAUGAUGAAGAAGAAGAAGGAGAGAGAGAUGACUUUCAGGAACCAAACCCCAUGUUUUCUGCGAGCAGAGAGGAGGGAAGGUUACCGACUCCCCGAUUGAAAACAAGGCCAGUGCAGAGGACUCACCAUGACCUGACCACACCUGCCACAGGGGGUGCUAUACUUGUUGGAAAACUGACCAACGCUGAUGAUUCUUCUCCACACAAACAAAAGCAGAAAUUCGGAACUGCAGUUUCACAGGAAUCUGGGUUGGACGACGCUGUCAAGCCGACCAAACUGAAGCAGGCAUGGUCAGAAAACACCCCCACGUCUUUAAGCCCCUUUCCUCCCCACAAACAGACCCCCAGCCCUCAGCUUAAGCCAGCCAGGACGAAGCAGGAAUCCCUUUCUCCUGCAGCCCCGACCCGUCUGACCUCUGCCCAGCAGCAUGGGAUCCAAGGAAUGCUGAGACACCCGGAUUUCCAGCACAACGGUGAGUUGGGUUUGAGGUUCAGGGAGCUGCCAUGUUCCAGAGGAGGCUGCGGUUCUGAUGAAGACGACCGACUCUCAGUGAUGUCGUGGCGGUCUGUGGCCUCUUGCUCUGCAGCGUCCGCCGUGCUGGAGCGCGCUCAGAAAAGACGCGACAACUUCUGGGGAAAGAGAUGACCUAGUGGAAAUGAACAAUGCUUUCUGUGGAGAUGUGUGGUUAAUGUGAGAGUUUUAGACAGAUUUCUUUAUUUUUGUAGUUAAAGUAAAAAUCUUUUAUUUUUCAAAAAGAUUGUUUUUAUUUAAUGUGAGCACGGUGUCGAUUCUCCUUCAUCCAGGACAGGAAACUCCUAGUUGCUUAAAUAUAAGACAACAGGACCUCUCCUGUUUCAUGGAAAAGAGAAGAAGUCCAGUUGUCUUCUACAUUUGGGUGUUUUCACAUCUGUGGUGUUUAAUCUUUUAAAACCAACCCUGGUUGGUUCCUGCCUCAGAAUGACUGAGAUUAACACACUUCCCCCACCUUACAUCCUCCGGUGACCCCUAGGAUGGUUUAUGACACACUGCCUUCCUGCCCCUAAAUGACCUUAACUGAUCUUAAGAGACCAGCACUAAGUGAAGGAAGGGUAUAAUGCCCUGUUAUGUUAACCUUUUUACUGCUUUUAUAAAUUGAGAAAGACAUGCAUAUGACAUAGACUGGUGUCUGGUGCCUAUUCCUCUCUGCAGAGAUACAGUCUGGGACUGUAAGAGUUUCCUCAGGUAAUCUACUCUAGGACCAGCUGUAAUGGUUUUAAUACUGGACCUGUAUUUACAUUUGGUUCUCCCGCCCCAGAUACAUCUGACCAAUAAACAGACUGAGCGUUCCCAUCUGGUCACUAGUGACAGCUUUGGGUCGUUAUCAAAGUCAAGUAAAACGUUUUUCUUCUGUCUGUCGGUUACAACUGAGGAAAACUGAACUAUUUUCCAGGUUUGAUCUGCAGAUUUGUUUCUCCUCUACAUUUUUGACUCGCUACUAGUUUCUGACAGCUUUUAGUAAAAACUUCCUAUUCUGUUCAGUUUGCAUUGAUAUGAUUGCUCUGAUUAAUGUUCUCCUUGCCCAGGCUGUCGGAUAGGUGGACCUCCAUGUCUGCAGCUGCUCCAUCCUCUCUCCAUGUCCAGAUGAUGGACUGAGCAGAGCUCUGUGAGAUGACUGUUUUAGAACUGAUCCCUGCUCUACUUUGUGAUGCAUUGACACAAUGAAUCCCAAUAAAAUGCACUGAAGUUGUGUAACAUGACACAAUGUGAAAACGUUAAGGGUUAUAAAUCUUGUCUCAUGAUAAAGUUAAAUCCAAAACUUUUCACACCCCUGGCAGAUUUAAUUUGUAAGGGUUUAAUUUGAACAAAAUGUUUGUUCUGACAUCAUAUGGAAUCAUAAAGAUAUGAGUCAAUCCACCAUAUAUUUCAAAAACUAUUUCUAUGUUUAAUCACAUUUUACGUGACAGAGAAUUUUGACCCCCGCUGCAAACUGUAAGUGUGGAAAAAUUAAAGGUUGUUCACCAAUGCAAAUAGUCCAUGCUGUUUUAAAGCACGUUAAAAACCCAAACUUAUUGAGAACAGCUGGUUUAAUUAACAAAACAGGUGAAAAAUUGCAGCUGCUUUGUGCCAAGUCAAGGCUAUGUUACGGCCGUUCACAAAGGGCUACAACGCCCUAUCUAGAUUUCUUCAGGUUUUUAUGCUGGUGGAAGCAUAGUGGUGGGAACAUAAUGCUUUGGGGUGUUUAUCAGCCAGGUAACGUAAUCUAAGUAACUGGGAUAAUAGAAAAAGAAGACAGUUUGCAUAGAAACUUGGUCAACACUGGAUGUUUCAGCAUGAUACUGACCCAAAACACACAGUUAAAGUGUUAAAGAAAUUGUUAGCAAACAACAAUAUGAAUGUUCUGGAGCGGCGCCACCAGCACCCUGACUUGAACAAGAUAAAGAAUCUGUGGAGACAGCUUAAGAUUAGGGUGAUGGUUAGGAGGCCUUCCAACCUCAAAGACUUGGAGCUCAAUGUAAAUGCCCACUAAAUGGAGAUCUGAAGCAGUUUCUUCCUGAUGCUUUUGGUACUUCCUUUUAUUUUGACACGUUUCUUUUAAAGUCCGUGCACUCCUAUCUAACGCUAUCUUGUGGACUACAAGCAAACUCUCUCAACAGUCAGGCUCUUUUUCACUGUACAGAUUCAUAGUUACAUUAUUUAGCCCAUAGUUGGAAAUGGGACCAAGGUAUGGAGUUCUUUUAAUAUAUUUAAUGAUGUGAUAUGCUGAUUAAUUUCUAGGUUUGCAUUCAUUUUCGUGUGUCCAGUGAUGCUAUAAAUACAACCAGAUCACGUGAAA